AUGCAUCGUUCAGCUUUCGUUUUAUUGGCUUUGAUGGCCACCUCUGCCUUUGGCAGUGUCAUCAUGCCACGUGUAACCCCCGACUUGGAUGGUCGCGUUGUUGGUGGUGAGGACACAACCAUUGAACAAUUCCCCUAUCAAGUUUCCGUUCGCAUGUUGGGUUCCCACAUGUGCGGUGGCAGCAUCUAUAACUCCCGCGUUGUUGUAACUGCUGCUCAUUGCAUUUUCGGUUUCUUGGGCGCCAGUGUUUACAGUAUCCAAUAUGGUGUUACCCGUGUCGGUGGCAAUACCAAUGUCAUCACUGCUGAACGUAUCAUCAAGAACGAAAACUACGAUUCCGGUGUUAUCAACAACGAUGUUGCCUUGAUCUUCUUGUCUUCGGAUAUUCCAUUCGGUCCCAAUGCUCAACCCAUUCCAUUGGCCACCACUGAACCUGAACCAAACACCAUUGCUGUUGUCAGCGGUUGGGGUGCUGUGGAGGAAGAUGGUGCUUCUGCUUCCAUUUUGCAAAAGGUCGAAGUUUUGAUUGUCGACAGAGGUGUCUGCGCUAACCAAUAUGCCGGUAUCAAUGAAAUCACCAACGCCAUGUUGUGCGCUGCUGUUGAAAAUGGCGGUAAGGAUGCUUGCCAAGGUGAUUCCGGUGGUCCAUUGGUUGCCAACGGUGAAUUGGUCGGUAUUGUUUCAUGGGGUGUUGGCUGUGCUCGUGCUGAAUUCUCCGGUGUCUACAGCAAUGUUGCUGAAUUGAGAUCAUGGAUUGAAGAUAAUUUGGCUUAAACAAAAUUUUAUUUUUCUUAUUA